AGUGCCGGCAGCCCCGCCGCCUCUCCGGUGGCCCGGGGCGCCCGGACAGCGCUGUCGCCCGGGGCCGCGGGCAGGUGCGCGGGCAGCGGCCCCUCGGGAAGUUUCCUCCAUGCAGCGGGCAGCCCUCGCGCAGGGAGGGAGGAUGACUGCGCGUGUCGCAGUGUGAGAAACAGGGAACCAGCAGGCAUUCCAGGAUUAAAGAACUAAUAUUUUCUACAACCAGAGACUGAAAUGGCAUGACUGGAGUUUAAAGUAAUUUGGCUUUGACAGCUUCACCAUUUACUGAGAACUUGGAACGGAAUUUGAACUUUAUUUCUGCACUAUCCUAGAUUAUAAUGCCAUCCUUUCCUAAUGAGGGAGAUAACCAUGGAACUGCUCCUCUGACUCUGAGUUCGGAACUACCCUAUCAGAACACAAUUAAAAGAAAAGUCAGAAAGAAGAAGAAGAAGAAUGGAGUCAUCACUGCCAAUAUUGCUGGCACAAAAUAUGAAAUUGUGCGUGUGGUAAUACAAGAAAUGGGAUUUGUGAAAACGCGAGAUGAGGAUGAAACAGCAAAUCUUAUCUGGAGUGAUUGUGCUGUGCAGCAAGAGAAGAUUGCUGAGCUGCAGAACUAUCAGAGAAUCAACCAUUUUCCAGGAAUGGGAGAGAUAUGCAGAAAGGAUUUUCUGGCAAGAAACAUGACUAAAAUGAUCAAGAGUCAGCCUCAGGAGUACAGUUUCAUACCUCGAACAUGGAUCUUUCCUGCAGAAUACACACAGUUUCAGAAUUAUGUAAAAGAAUUGAAGAAGAAACGUAGACAGAAAACUUUCAUAGUCAAACCAGCUAAUGGUGCAAUGGGACAUGGGAUUUCUUUAAUAAGAAAUGGAGAAAAGUUACAAGCUCAGGAUCACUUGAUUGUUCAGGAAUAUCUUGACAAACCAUUUCUUAUGGAAGGCUACAAGUUUGAUUUACGUGUGUAUAUUCUUGUAACCUCCUGUGAUCCAUUAAAAGUAUUUUUAUAUCAUGAUGGACUGGUGAGAAUGGGCACGGAAAAGUAUCAUCCCCCCAGUGACUCCAAUCUGAGUCAAUUGUAUAUGCAUCUGACUAACUACUCUGUCAAUAAACAUAAUGAACACUUUGAGCGGGAUGAAACAGAAGACAAAGGAAGCAAACGCUCCAUAAAAUGGUUUACUGAGUUUCUAGAAACAAAUAAUCUUGAUGUCUCCAAAUUCUGGAGUGAUAUUUCAGAGCUGGUGGUGAAGACGCUGAUCGUGGCCGAGCCGCACGUUCUGCACGCGUACCGCAUGUGCAGGCCAGGGCAGGCACCAGGAAGCGACAGUGUCUGCUUCGAAGUCCUGGGAUUUGACAUUCUGCUGGACAGAAAACUAAAACCAUGGCUCCUAGAGAUUAAUCGUGCCCCAAGCUUUGGAACGGAUCAAAAAAUAGACUAUGAUGUAAAAAAAGGUGUUCUGCUAAAUGCAUUAAAGCUUCUCAACAUACGGACAAGUGAUAAAAGGAGAAAUUUAGCCCAACAGAAGGCUGAGGCCCAAAAAAGACUGUAUGGCCAAGGGCCAGUGAAAAAACUGUUGCCAGGUUCCUCAGAAUGGGAGAAGCAGCGCCACACACUGGAAAGGAGAAAACAAGAACUGAAGGAAAGACUUGCACAAGUACGUAAACAGAUUUCCAAAGAGGAGCAUGAAAAUAGACACAUGGGGAACUACAGGCGAAUUUACCCUCCUGAUGAUAAGACAUUACUUGAAAAGUAUGAGAGUUUGUUAGCCACAGCUUUCCAGACAUUUCUUGCUGGGAGAGCAGCUUCACUUCAGCGGGAAAUGAACAACCCCUUGAAAAGAAUGAAGGAGGAGGACAUUUUGGAUCUUCUGGAGCAGUGUGAAAUAGAUGAUGAAAAGCUAAUGGGAAAAUGCACUAGGCAGCGAGGACCUAAGCCCUUGUGUUCAAUGCCAGAGAGUGCACAUUCUCUAAGGAAACCUAGGAACCACAGCAGUGACAGUAGCUAUGACAGUGGUAGCAGUGUGUCAGAAUCGGGAGAAGAAACUGAAAAGGAAGAUCACAAUGAAAAAAAAGAGAAAAAAGUUUCAUAUGAUCUUGAAGAAAAUAAAUACAAAUCUUUGGAACGAUCAGGUAGAAUGAACUGCAAACCUUCAAAUAAAAAUGCAAAGUCUCCAUCGUAUUCAUCCCCCACGUCAUCCGCAGGUCCCAUUCGGCGCUCUGUGAGCUGCCCUCGCUCCAUUUCAGUCCUCACCAUGCAGUCGCAGGGAGCCGAGCAGCGCCCCCUCUCAGCCAAGCCAUCGCUCCACACGCAGCGAACAGCCUCAGCCAACAGGUCCCACUCCUUAAGUCGCAGCCCAUCUUCAGCCAGGUUCUCUCAGACAGCCGCCGUGGGAGCUAUGAACUCUUCAGGGGGUGAGUCUUUGCUGCAACAGAAAACAAAAGAGCAAGAAGCUGCUUUGACAAAAGAGACUCUUCUCCUUAUCAAUGACUUGAGAGUCAAGUUCCCAGGAAAAACAAAUGAAGAAUCUGAAUUAAUUAUAGAAGAUAUUAUGGAUAAUUGGAAGUAUCAUAAAACAAAAGUGUCAUCCUAUUGGUUGGUAAAACUGGAUUCAGCAAAGCAACGAAAAGUUUUGGAUAUAGUCAGGACAAGUGUCCGUGCAGUUCUACAGCACGUCUGGAAAGCUCCAGACAUUGAAAAUUUACAUCUUUACCGCAUUUUUAACCGUGUAUUUAAUCGCUUACUUUGGAGCCAUGGCCAAGGCCUAUGGAACUGUUUCUGUAAUUCAGGGAGCUCUUGGGAAACCAUAUUCAGUAAAGGCUCAGAGGCGGUGACGCCUGAGCAACUCCAGUGUUGCCAGAGAAUAGUACAGCUUUGUAAGCACUGCCUGCUGGUAGUUUACAAACAUUCAUCAGAUUCAAGAGGAUCCCCAACUGGGAUGAGCUACCACUGGGAUGAUACAAGAUCCCUCAAAGUCACUGUUUCCAGAUUUGCAUUCCUAGAGGUAUCCUAACAUGUCAGAUACUUCUGGCUUCACAUUCGCAGUGGGAUGCUAUAGGGGCACAGCUCCAGCCAAGGGUCAGGUAUUUAUUGCCAAGACCUUCACUGUUCAUCCUGAAAUCAUCCUCAUCCAAACUUAGCUGCAGUUCAUCUGGAAUGCCUCGCCCUAACAUUUUGUUCACACACAGAUACAGUCACUUGUGAAGUAAAAAGAAAACUGCUGUUUGUAAAUAAUAGCACUCGAUUUCUUUUUUUUUUUUAACUUGUGAUGGAGCUAAACAUAAGCACUGUUAUAUAUUUCCUACCAUCAUAUUAUAAUAAAAUUUAGCUGAAAAUCUACUGUAAAAGCAUAGCUUUUCUGGGAACAUAAUCAACCUUGUUAAGUUGUUUACACACACAUGUGAAUGUGUAGAUCUUGCUAGGUUUAUAAGUAAUUCCUUCCUACUAGAAAUGUUAUUUUUGCUGCAGAAUAUAUAAAAUGGAAUUGUUCUUGAAGAUUCUAUUACAGUAUUACAUUAUUUUGUAAGUACAAUACUUUGACUUGAAAAUUAUUUAUUGUAAAUUAUAUUAUUUAUUGUCUCAAAUGUAAUUUAUCCUUUAACAAAGCAGAUAAUAAAAAAAAUUCUAGUAGAAGAGUAAAACUGUAAUAGUUAUAAAAAAUAAUCUGAUCAGUUCUCGGACAUGUUUAAAAUAAAACCUAAAACUCUGUAAGCCAAACCUAAAGCAGACAUACUUUUCUUUCUCCUCUGAAAUGACAAGAUCUAUUUAAUACUGCUAUUUUUCUUAAAGGACAUGAUAUAGUAUCUUUUAGCCAACAUGAAGGCACCUAGUACACAAACAGUAAAAUAUCAGUUUAGGCAUUCACUUCCUAAUUGGAUUCUUGUAAUAAAAUGGAAGCCAAUGUUUGUUUCCAGGUUUUCAUUCACAUUACCUAUAUCCUGUGCCUUUAAGUUUCCUUUGGGAGCAAGCAGUCAUCCUCAGCUCCACACGCAUGCAUAGUGCAUAGGUUUUCUGUUACACUGCAUAAGUGGUAAAGCAGACAUUUUUAGGAAAUACUGCAGCUGUAAUGUAUUAUUUCAAACUUAAACUAAUUGGUUUGUUGUAGUUUUUAGCAUGCAAUCCGGUACCUACUGUAGAAUGUAUCUUUGCAAUGGACAGUAUUUUCUAGAUUGCUGACACCUUUAAAUGUUGGAAAUCUAAUUCAUUAGGAAGCUCUCAUUCAGAUCUAGGUUCCUGAGGCUGGCUGAGCAGCACAAAACCAAAAUGAGCCAGAGCAGGAACCUGGUAUUAACAGGAUUUGUAGCCUGAAAACAUCAUUCAGGUUUUGAUACAUACAGCCAUUCAUCCCACUCAGCAUUGUGCCAUGUGAGCCUUAUUCGUUAGAGAAAUAAUUAUUAAACAAAUCAGUUAAUGUAGAUUUAAAAAUAAUUAAGUUUUUUAAGCGAGUAAAGAACAGAGUAGUUAUUAUUUACCAAAGACUCAUGUACUUAUGAAUCAUUAAACCCUGAAACGUGUUUGUAAAUUAUCAAUGUAUUUCAGGUAUACUUUAAAAUAAUUUGGGGGCUAAUUAUCCUCAGGAGUAAGUAUGUUAGUGUUUUUGAUAUCCAACAAUUGAGGACAAAUUUAAGAGACUUAAGAGAUUUGAGACUGAAGUUGUAUGGAAAUGAUUUUCUAAGAAGUUUUAGUCAUAGAAUAUAUAAAAACUCGGAAUUUGGUUGAGAUUUUUGAUGCCUGUGCUGUAGUGCCUCAGCUCUAGAAUUGCAGAAUAUAGAAAAAGAAUAUUUGUAAACCAAUAAAAAACCCUCUUGAGAUUACCAGAUCAAAGCAGCCUUUGGUCUGGUAAAGUCUUUUUAAGUUUUGUUGUAAUACUAGUUCAGUAAUAUAGUAUGUUCACAUUAAUUGUAUUAUCUCUUUUGGUCCAUACAGUGACUAUUAAAGCAUACUCUGGUUAUCUGUAACACCAAAUAAAAGCUGUAAAUUUUCUCUUCUUGGAGCAGGCUUCCAUUGUAUUCUACUUUUGGCCAUAAGGAUAAGAUCAGCUUCUGGCUUAGCUUGCCAAACUCAAACAGAGUUUUAGGAUAAGAGGUUCACAUGUCUUUUUUCUGCCUCUUUUUUUU